AUGGACAUUCAACUCUUACGGGAGAUGGAGGAGGAGGAGGAGGAGGAGGAAGAGGCUCAUGGUCGCCUGGAUUAUGAGGAGGAGCAGAUGAGGCGUAGUAACCGAAAUAAGGGUAAGAGGGUGAUGAAUGAGGGAGAAUCCUCUAACCCCCCAGAACCAAACCCCCCUACUCUUGAUGUGACAUUGAUUCGGAAUAUUGUUCAAGAGGUGUUAGCAGAGAGUCAGGGGAGAGUUGUACCAGAAAGAACUGAGACCCCUGGACGAGGACGGCCCGCAAGACAAGAACGAGAGGGGCCGGUACCUCCAGUAGUACCGAAUCGAGUUGAUCCGGUUCAGGGGCUUGCAAGCCAACACCAGCCGUCAGAGUUUAAGGGCACAAGGGAUCCGCUGGAAGCAGAAGAGUGGUUUAAGUCCGUAGAGCGGAUAGUGGCCUUGUUUCCCAUGAACGACAGAGAGAGAAUCAGAUAUGCUAGUUUCCUGUUUCGGGGAGAUGCCCGAAUUUGGUGGGAACUAAUGGAAGAGACUCACGACUCGGUUUUAAUGACUUGGGCAGAAUUCAAAAGACUGUUUGAAGCCGAGUAUCGAACGGAAGACCGAGUACAUGAGAAAGUCCAAGAGUUCAUUAAUUUGAAACAGGGGACUAGUACGGUGAAGGAGUAUUCGGUAAGAUUCAAUUCCCUCGCCCGAUUUGCACCCGGGAUAGUGUACACUCCAGUGUUGAGGAGGGACAAGUUUGUACAGGGGUUGAAAUCCGAUAUUGCCCGAGAUGUGAUGACAGGAGCUGAGCCUCCUCAUACCUAUAGUGAGGCUUUAACAAGGGCGUUAAGGGCGGAGAUUUAUGUGAAUAAGCACAUUGCCGAAGAGUCAUCUUUACAGGUACUCAGUGAACCAUCCCCUGCUUUGCAGAGGGAGAGGGUGGAUGCAUCAAGGAAUAGAGAAGUAAGGGUCAAGAAGAAGUUCCAACCCAAGAAUAACAGGAGGGAUUGGCAGAACAAGCGGCCCAGAACCGAAGGGUUGCCCCUUUGUGCUAAAUGUGGAAGGAACCAUUCGGGGGAAUGUUUAAGGGAUAGAAAUGUGUGUUACAGGUGCCGUCAGCCAGGGCAUCUGAAGAAGGAUUGUAAAGCUCCGUUUCCGACCGCAGCACAGGGUUCGAGAGGUACUAAUGCCAGAGUUUUUACGGUGGCUCAGGGUGAAGCUGAGGCCAGUCCAUCAGCUGUUUGA